CACAUUCUGUUGAUAAGUGACGAAUGUAGCUUCCCGUUCCCGAUAAAAUGGGUUCGUUUACAGACGCCGAGGAAGAGAAAUUAAUUAAAAUGGUUAUAUCUCAUGAUAUAUUAUAUAAUGCGUCUCAUGCAAAUUAUAAAAGUAAUUUAAUUAAGGACAAUGUGUGGAAGCAGAUUGGAAAGGAGUUGAACAGAAACGGUGGGGAUUGUAAAAAGAAAUGGAAAUGCAUAAGAGACACCUAUCACAGAUAUAAAAAGAAAAUAAGAGCUACUGGUGCUGUUCCUAAACAAACGAAAGAUCGGAGGCAUAUUUUAUUAUCAUUUCUGGACAGCUUUCCCCCCCAACCAAGAUCAGGAGGAGGUUAUUGUGGUGGUACCCAAGAAUUAUUGGAAGAAGAAAAUCAUUGGCAAGAGGGAGAAAUACAAAAUUCUACGGAACUAAGUAAUGAUUCAGACGCACACAUGUUAAUGCCAGAUAUAAUUAUAAAAGAAGAAUACAGUGAAACGGAUGUACAAAUGUUCGGUAUUUCAGAAAGUAAUGGUAUAGACGCAUCGCCUAAGAAAAAAAUAGCAAAACUGACAAAUAGCGAUGACCCCUUGCAAGAACGAGACAAAGAACCGAGUACCUUAUUUAAGAACAAUAGAAAGAAGGGAGAUGACAUAGACUUGUUUUGUCGCCAUCUUGAGGAAGUGCUGCGGAAUCUACCUCCAAUAGAGAAGGCGAAAGCAAAACUGGAGAUGAAUAAUAUCCUGUCAAAAUAUGAGAUUUUGGUGGCAACAAAGUUUGAAAGACUAAGUUAUUCAUCGGUGUUAAAUUAUUCAACAGAUUUAGAGAAUGCAGACAACUCAUAUUCAGAUAUGCAAAACAAUGAUCAAACAGAUUAAUGUGUAACGUUUGUGUGUCGUGGUCAAAAAUCGCGGGUUCAAACCUCAAUUGUAAUGUGUAGAGCGGGAAAAUUUGCUCUCGAAAAAUUGCAAAAAGAUUACUAAAACUUUGGUAUCAUACAUGAAGAGGUUAACUAAUAUGGAGAUAAUUUAAAUACCUAUGCAGUAUGCAGACCUCAAGGAUAUCGACUUUGCAGACGACCUCUGCCUUAUAGCAACAACGCGUGAGCAACUCCAAGACAAGGCAGAAGAUCUAGCAGAAGAGGCUGAAAAGGAAGGAUUGCGCAUUAACUUCAAGAAUACAAAGUUAAAAUCACCAAAUAUCAACAAGGGGGAGGGGGGGUCAAAUAUGAUCACAUGAUUUCUGGACGACCCCUUAGGGGCCCGUGUAUGCUAGCCUGUGAUAUGGCUUGUCUCUGACGUUAUUUUGUCCACACAACGCGUGGCCAUACGCCCAUCCCUACGCUUCUGGACUAUAACAUAUGGAAGCGAAACCUGGACUCUAUGAGAGCUAAGAUAAAUGUUAGUUGUGACUGUUGGCAAAUUAAGAAAU